AUGUCGGCCUGGGCAAAACUGUCGCGUUUUGCACGUCGUUUCGUUCAUUUCAAACAGAUGGACUUCGAAUUUGCAUCUUGGCAGAUGUUAUACUUACUAAUUCAACCUCAAAAAGUAUAUCGAAAUUUCAUAUACAGAAAGCGUACAAAGGAUCAAUUUGCUCGAGAUGAUCCCGCAUUCUUGGUGUUGCUGUCGUUAUCUCUCUUCUUUUCUUCGGUGUUUUAUGCUGUUGCCCUCGGCUUGACCACAUGGGGAUUUAUCAAAUUCUUUUUGUGGGUCGUCUUCGUAGACUGUAUUGGUGUCGGGCUAGUAGUCGCAACACUUCUGUGGUGGUUCUCGAAUCGAUGUCUUCGAAAAGUGCAAGAUCAAGAUGUGGAAUGGGGAUAUUGUUUCGAUGUGCACCUCAACGCUUUCUUCCCUAUGUUGAUCCUUUUGCAUGUUCUUCUUCCCAUAAUUUAUCCAAGUGAGUUGAUCAUGACUGUUCUUAAUUUUUUUUUGCUUUCGUUUUAUCAUCUUUAA